AAACGGGUGCCCAUUGACCUUGAAACCCUGGGUACUGAUCGAUUGGAGAUUGCUUUUACCGUUGUCGAUCGAAAUAAUAUUCUAUUGAGUAGUAUGGCUGACUCGAAGCUAGUGAUUAAUAUAUUGGAUUAUAAUGAAUACAGUCCAGGGAUAUUAAAUGAUGGAGCUGAAUGUUCGAUUGCGGAAAAUCUUCCGGUUGGAAGUGAGGUACUUCAAAUCGAAGCCCGUGAUCCAGAUUUCUCAGCAACAAGGCUCAAUUCUUGUAAUCUUAAAUAA